UCUACCUCCCUCUAGAAGUGGCUGUUCUUGAGUAGUAUGUAACCUGCACCUCUCCUCGUCAUACUUCAUCAAAUUGUUAUGUUACUCAGUCAGUGCGGUGGCUGCUUCACUGUUUAAACUUUCUCUAGGUUCACUUUCAGCUGUUGACCUGGCCUGUUAGUCACAGACACCCACCUGCUGUGCUGAAGAUCCAGUUGUGAGAGCCAGCCUGCUGUUCUUAAACCCACUACGAUCAGAAAUCCUGUGAGCAGAGUGGGCUAAACCAAAUCAGAGGAAAGACAAAAAAGAAACCUGUCUGACGGCUCGCUGAUACAAGCAAAUAAAAUGUAUCGUCAACUGCUGCACCUGUAACAGACCGAAAACCAAAACAAAGAUACGACAUGUGGGACACAAAAAUGAAAAAUACAUAAAUCAACAAUCUUCUUAUUGUGUGUGUGAGUGAGAGAGUGUCACAAAUAUAUGUGAUAAUGAGGGUGUUGAAGCUGCAGCCACGCCCCCAGGAGCCUGAAGGUAGACAGAGGUAGAACCGGGACAACCGGGCCCCAAGAGUACCAAAGGCCCGACAAAUAACCGGAUUAUUUGUAACCUAAAAAGUGUCAUCUUUGCCUCAAAAUGUGUGAGACAUAUCCCAAAACUAUGACACCGUCAGUGACAGUAACAAACUGAUCAGGUCUGAUUGCAGUUUGCUGUGUGGGGACUUUCACCUGCUACUGUAGGGUCUACCUUACAGUAGCAGGUGACUGUUGUUGUGAUUUGGGGCUGUAUAAAUAAAACUGAACUGCAGUCAAAAAGCACAAAGACCAACCGGUCUGACUUGAUUCUUUGGUGGGGCCUUGAUGACUGCUAAGAACAGGUGGAGCUGGACAUAAAUUUGACAUAUUUAAAGUCUAAGAUGACCUGAAAGAGGUGCAGUUAACCAUGGCUCUCCAACAGUUUGUGUGGUGCUUCACUGUGGUGAUCAUUUUCUUCUGCAAAGGUUGUCACUCACAGCAGCCCAAGUGUGGCAGAAGUGCUGUGAACAGCAGCAGCAUCACAGGAGUUCGUGAUGCUGCACCAGGAAGUUGGCCCUGGUUCACUAUUGUAAACACUUAUUCUGCAGGGUCUCUGAUCACCGACCAGUGGGUGCUGACAGCUGCAUCCUCCGUAUCAGAGGAUUACAGUAGCAUGGUGGUCUUGCUGGGCAGCAACAGCCUGUCAGGUCCAAACCCAAAUAAAGUGAGGCUGAACGUGAUAGACGCCACCUGCCAUCCUGGAUUCAACCCGUCGACUCGUGAGAACAACAUUUGUCUUCUGAAGCUGUCGGCUCCUGUGAAUUUCACAGACUACAUUCAGCCAAUCUGCUUAGCCUCAGAAAACAGCACUUUCAACAAUGAGACCAGCAGCUGGGCCAUCGGCUUUGGUGGCAUUGAGGUAUUAAGCUAUAACCUGCAGGAGGCAAAAGUAUCAGUAGUGGGAAACAAUGUGUGCAAAGCCAGAUUUCCAUGGAUCCCAGACAGCAUCAUCUGUACUAGAGAGACGGAUUCAUGUUGGGAUACUCUUGGAGCGCCACUCAUGACUCAGAGUAAAUCAGUCUGGCUCCAGAGUGGAGUUUUCAGUGUGCCUGGAUGCACUGCAUCUCCUUCAGUCUACACUCCUGUGUCCCAGUACCAGAAAUGGAUCAGCGACACAGUUACAGGGACACCACCAGGCUUUGUUACCUUCCCCUCCCCACACAGUUCAUUACAAACCACUGCUCCUCCCACCGCUCCUCCAACUGCUCCCCUCACCGUCCCUCCUACCACUCCUACUGCCCCUCCCACUUCCCCGACAUGUGUGGGUGUGUUUUGCAGUGGUGAAAACCUGAUCCACUUCACUCACUUCUCCUCUCUGUGUGUUCUCGUUGUGUUGCUCCAUGUGUUUGCUGGAACUGUUGGAAACUAGAUCAACACAUUUACUCAAGUUCAAUACAAACAUGAAGAACUUUACCUGACAUGUUACUUUAUAAAUAAAAGAACCUUUUAUUAUUUA